GGGAUGAAGAGAAAAAAUAAGAUAUAAUACAUGUCAUGGCCAAUAGGAAAGUGAAACGAUUAAAACUAGACAGUAUAAUUAUAAAAAAGCUGGAAAAACACAAUGUAUCUACAUGCAAGGAUGUUUUGAAUAAGACAUUUCUAGAAUUACUGAAGAUCACAGGAGUUAGUUAUAGUCAAGUGAAUACAGUGUUACAGACUGCAAGUAUUUCCUGUGCGCCAAAACCUAUAUCGGCAUUGGAUUUACUACAGCAGGCUGAAGAAGAAGCAGCAUUCAUGACAACAUCUUUCAAACAACUAGAUGAAAUAUUACAUGGUGGUCUCCCUACUAGCAGUAUUACAGAGAUUGCUGGACCUGCUGGUUGUGGUAAAACCCAAUUAAGUAUCUUAUACUGUGUCGAGGCACUAUUUUCUGCUUCUACAGAUGGCAAAGAUGCUAGUGUUAUAUACAUUGAUACAGAAGGUGCAUUUUCUGCUGAAAGAUUAGUUGAGAUAGCCCAGUGCAGAUAUCCAGACCAUUUCUCCACAAAUGAGGCACUGAUUCAUUUAACCAACCAUUUGUUCAUUUAUCUAGAGACUACAUGCAGCAGUCUUCUAAAAAGAUUCCACAGUCUGGAAGAAGAAAUUAUUCAGAAUAGAGUGAAGUUGAUUAUUGUUGACUCCAUAGCCUCUCUGGUGAGAAAAGAAUUCGAUAGCAGUCUAAGUGGAAACUUUAUACAUCGAAGUAAUAUCCUUGGUAAACAGGCUAUACACUUGAAGUACCUUGCUAAAUCAUUCAACAUUCCAGUAA